AUGUGUGGUAUUUUUGCAGCAUUCAGAGUCCAGGACGUUGAAUCCUUUAAGCCAAAGGCUUUACAAUACUCAAAGUUGAUCAGACACAGAGGUCCAGAUUGGUCGGGUAAUGUCAUCACCAGUAAAGAUACCAUCUUGUGUCACGAGAGAUUGGCCAUCGUCGGUCUUGAUGCCGGUGCUCAACCGAUUGUGUCGCCCGAUGAAAGAUACUCAUUAGCAGUCAAUGGUGAAAUUUACAACCACAUCCAACUCCGUCAACAAUUUCCAGACUACAAAUUCAAGAGUUUGAGUGACUGUGAGCCAAUCAUCCCACUCUUUGAGAAAUACGACAUUGAAGCUCCAAAGCACCUCGACGGUAUGUUUGCUUGGGUCUUGCAUGACAAGAACACAGACCGUAUCGUUGCUGCAAGAGACCCUAUCGGAAUCACCACAUUGUACUUGGGUAAAUCAUCAAAAUCACCAGAAACCAGAUACUUUGCCUCUGAGUUGAAAUGUCUUGUUGAAGAAUGUGACACCAUUGAGGCAUUCCCACCGGGACACAUUUACGACUCCAACACUGAUAAGAUUACAAGAUACUACGAGCCUACAUGGUGGGAUGGUUCUAAGAUCCCCGAAACCCCAGUUGACUACACUAAGGUGCGUGAGACUUUGGAGUUGGCAGUAAGAAAAAGAUUGAUGGCUGAGGUCCCAUACGGUGUGUUGUUGUCAGGAGGAUUGGACUCAAGUCUUAUUGCCUCUAUUGCCGCAAGAGAGACCAAAAAGGCUUAUGAAACUGCUGCUGCAUCCCAUAACCAAGGUAUCGAUGCCAACAAGGAAUUAUCAGGUGUCGACAACUCUGGUUCCUUACACGCCUCGGGUGGUUUCCAAAAAUUGCACUCGUUUGCCAUUGGUUUGCCAGGUGCACCAGACUUGAUUGCUGCUGAAAAAGUGGCCCACUAUAUUGGAACAAUCCACCAUUCGCACACAUUCACUCUUGAAGAAGGUAUUGAUGCUCUUGACGAUGUCAUUUACCACUUGGAGACAUACGAUGUGACAACAAUCCGUGCAUCAACACCAAUGUACUUGUUGUCACGUAAGAUCAAAGCCCAAGGUGUCAAGAUGGUCUUGUCUGGUGAAGGAUCAGAUGAGAUCUUUGGUGGUUACUUGUACUUUGCCAAUGCACCUUCGGCACCUGCAUUCCACGAGGAAUGUGUAAAGCGUGUCAAGAACUUGCACUACGCCGACUGUCUUCGUGCUAACAAAUCAACAAUGGCAUGGGGUUUGGAAGCAAGAGUUCCAUUCUUGGACAAGCAAUUUUUGGAAGUCUGUAUGAACAUUCGCCCCGAAGACAAGUUGAUCACCCCAGAACACAUUGAAAAGUACGUGUUAAGGAAAGCAUUCGAUACCAAAGAUGAACCAUACUUGCCAGAUGAGAUCCUUUGGAGACAAAAGGAGCAAUUCUCAGAUGGUGUUGGUUACUCAUGGAUUGAUUGUCUUAAGGAUACCGCCGAAAAAUUGGUUAGCGACGAAGACAUGAAGAACCCUAAACCAGAAUGGGGAGACGAUAUUCCACAAACUAAAGAAGCAUACUGGUACAGAUGUAAGUUCGACAAAAUGUUCAACAACUCGAAAGCUGCUGCUUCAACAGUAAUGAGAUGGAUUCCAAAAGCAGAGUGGGGAUGUCACUCGGAUCCAUCGGGAAGAUACGCAAAGACCCACGAUCACAAAGUAGACGCUUAG